AUUCUCCUGUUGGCUGCUCUGCUGCCACACCUGACCAGUGUUGUGGUUGGUAUAAUAAAUGGCACAGAGGCUAAACCUCACUCCAGACCCUACAGGGUUUCUCGUCAGAAAAAAGGAAAACACAUCUGUGGUGGUUUUCUUGUGUCUGAAGAAUUCGUCAUGAUGGCUGCGCACUCAUCCUUUGCAAGCGAAGUGUGCCUCAGAGAAGAGUUCGAAGGCAAUUCAAACGACAGCCCAACGCAAAUUAUUAUCUUGUCACAGCUACGUGGAAAAGCCAAAAAGAGCAAAACUGUAAAAUGGAUCUCCAUCCCUAAAACAAAGGAGGGCAUCAAGGCCAACUCGGUCUGCAGUGUAGCUGGCUGGGGAAGAACAGGAUCCUUCAAAUCUGGUAGCAAUCAUCUUAUGGAGGCCAAAAAAAAAUGUAAGAAACUUUGGGAGAACCUUCUGACCCCAAGGAUGAUAUGUGCACUUCAUCCUGGAGGAUCUUGCAGGAGAGACUCUGGAGGUCCUUUGGUGUGUGGGAAUACUGCUAUGGGCAUUGUUUCCUUCGGUCAGAGGAACAAGUGUGAUGCACCCAUGAAGCCAAAGAUUUUUGCCAAAAUAUCUGCAUUUCUGCCCUGGAUCAAGUCCAUUAUUAGGAAAGUUUAAUCUGCAUUUGACGAAA